AUGCUUGAAGUAAAUUCAGUUCUAAGAAUAAUUAUUGAAGAAAAAUCACAAAAGCGUGCUAUAAUAGGAGCAUUGAUCUCCCAAGCAAGAUAUCAUAUUUUUAUGGAUAGAAAUUAUGGCUCUUGUUUAAAGGAUGAUGCUUAUACUAUUAUGACUGAUGGGGUACCCUAUACCGUAUGUUUGAUAAACCAAAGCAAUUUCCAUUUCAAUAAUGUAAAAAUAUUUGUUGAAUGCAUUCAAAAUUUGGCUUUGGGAUUUAGGCUAUCGAUUAGGUGAAGGUAUCAGAUUUUAUACAAUAAUUGUUUCUGCUGUGUUGAAUGGAGUUCAAACUAAAAUUUAUGAUAGUAAUUUAGCAACAUCAAUAGUGAAGAUUACAUUUCCAGAUUAAUUUGUUGAAAGAUUUGAUGUAUUAACUGUGGGAGGUAAUACAUACAAUUAAGAUUUGCACAUUCUAAAAGUUGAUGCAUAUUAUAAAUUUUCAUGA